CAACAAAUCCCGACGUGCCCUUGGGCGGCCCGAAGCAGAGGGUUCUAGAAAGCGUGACGUGGGGUCGAAGCGGGCUCCGAGGCGGGUUCCUCAGACCUGGCGCUGCGGUCGCUGCUGAGGGGCCUGGGGACUCGGGCGGCCGCGGCGUUAGCUCGUCAGCCAUGGCGGCGCUCGGCCGGCCCUUCAGCGGCCUCCCUCUGCGCGGCAGCUCGGACUUCCUGCCGCCGCCGUCGGCCUUCGCGGGCAAGGCCUUCCCGCCGCCCGGUGCCUCUGGCCCGGAGCUGGCCCCGCGACCGGGCCCCCGCGCCACCCCGAGUAGCCCGGGCGGGAGAGCGGCACGCGCACGUGUUCCCAUUCACUGCAGAAAAAAACACAAGCGAGAGGCGGAGGAUGAUGAGUGCCCAGUAAGAAAGAAGCGACUGACUGAAGCAGAACUCUGCGCUGUUCCUGAUGAGUGGAUUCUCGGCACACACCAAGAUCUAGAGAGUCACAGGGUAAACACGUGUCCUAGUGGCCUGUCUGUACCCAGCAUGUUAGAUGCUAUUUGUGAAGAAAUGGAUCAAACAACUGGAGAACUGCAAUGUGAAGUUGCCCGAAGGAGGCUUCAGGAGAUUGAGGACAGGAUAAUUGACGAAGACGAAGAAGUUGAAACUGACAGAAAUGUUAAUCACCUCCCCAGUCUUGUCCUUUCUGAUACCAUGAAAACAGGUUUGAAGAGAGAAUUUGAUGAAGUCUUCACAAAGAAGAUGAUUGAGUCUAUGAGCCGUCCUUCCAUGGAGCUUGUGCUCUGGAAACCUCUCCCUGAACUCCUUUCUGAUAAGCCAAAGCCAUCGUCUACUGCUAAGAACUACAUGGGAGAGAGCCAAAGGAAGCCUGCAGCUGCCUGUACUGCCUUCUCACAGAGAACUGAACUGUUCUUGGAACCUUCGCAAACCGAGAUGCCUCUUUACAAUAGUCUGGAGACAGCUGCUAGUACAGAAGAAGAGAUGGAACUCUAGAAACCAGUUUCUACUUGACUAAACUUGUCAAGUUUUAGAGGGCUCCUGUGUUUAGUAAUGAGCCUAUCUGCAUAGUAUAGGGAUGUGAAAGUUUUAUGAAACGGGUGUAAUAUCUCCACCUGUGAUUUGGGGUGGGACUGUCAUUUUGGGUAUCCAUUUAUUCAACUUUUUGCCAAGGAAGCUUAUCUCAAGGGAAAAGCAGUUUUCUAGCAGGCUUACUCAAGAAGUGUAACAGUCUCUUUAAAGACAAUUGUAGAAGCUGUAUGUGUAAGGUGACAUAAGUCAUCUGUCACAUUGUCUAAGCCAUUCAUUCUUGAGAUGAUUAUAAAGAAGGAUGCUUCUAACUGCCACUGUACCCUGACUGUUGAAUCUGAGGGAUUGAACUGUUCAUAGUGGUGACUGUAUUCUUGGGGAACAGGAGGGAAGAAAUUUACCAGAGGCAAUGAAAGGUGUAUUGGUGGUCAGUUCAACACAGCUGCAUUGUUCAGCAGCCAGUAGCUCCUUGGUCUCCCUUUCAUAAGUGAUAAGCUCAGUUAUUCAGUGAUGUUUACAACUCAAUUAACUUUAAUUGAUAAUUUAAAAGAUGAGGUAAACCCUCUGUAAAUUGCCUGUGGGGGAAGCAUCUUUUAAUUAAUCCUGAGGAAGUGCUAUAUCAGCUAAAUUCAGCAUUGAUAAUGUCUAGAGUUUAAAAAAGGGGGAAUGGUUGUAUUAGCAAGUUGAGUUUUUUUGUUUGUUUUGUUUUUAAUGUUGGUUGGUGGAAAAUAGCCUCCUGCCAUCAGGAAAACUUUAUCCACUUGAAUACCUAAACCAGGCUCAAGGUAUUCUUUGGAAAUAACCAGGGUUAAAGUUUUUACUUUCUCAGGAAGAGCUCUUUAGUGUGGCAGGGUGCAUAGUACACAGCCAGAUGGCAAUUCCUUUAUUUCUAUAGAGCAUCCACUGUGGAAUAGCAGAUAUAUGUGACAGUGUAGAACUGCCUCUUCCACACACACAACACCCAGUUCAUUGUCGUGUUCUGGGUGCCUUCCCCCUUUGUAGAAAAAAUGAAAAGGUUUAUGCCAAGUAGAGGUGAAUUUUUAGAGCCUAGCUUCCGGGCAUUUUUGAACCCCAUGCUGAAACCCCCCCUUGUUACAGAUGGUAUAGAAGUCACAGCUCUGCUCGAUUGGACCAUUUCUUCUCUUGCCUGUUGUUCCUGCUCUAUUUCUGUCUGAAUAGUCAGGAAAGAUUUAAUGUUUAAUAUUUAAACAAAAUAUUUAUGUCUACACAAUAAAAUUAUUCAAACUUCAAACCAGUAUUGAAACCAGUUGGAAACCAGCUAAUAGUUUCUUCAUCUCAAACUCAGGGGUGAAUGUAAACUGUAUUCUGUUGAAAUGUGCAAAUGUUUGGUUCAUGUCAUUUUAAAAACUCCUGGCUUGUUUAAUGGGACCAAUGUAUAAAGUUUAUAGCCUUAAAUCUCCAUGCUAAAAAGUUUUAGGACAAUUCAGAAACAUGAAGUGGCUGCCCAGACUUGGCUGGUGUUAGAGUGGAAAGGAAAUGGCCACUUUCCAAAGGGCCUGAGACACCAGGUAGGUGUCUUCUGUGGGAUCUGGGUAGGCCUCUGACAAGAGGUCUGAAACAAGACUUUGAUGUGCUUGGUAACCAUAGGAGAGAAUCAGGGUCUGUCAGCCAAGAUCGAGACAUCGGGUCUCAGGAGUCCUUAUCUGACAUGAUCAUUAUUUCUGCAGGAAAGUGGAUGUUUAUGCUCCUUUUUGGACUUCAUCUUCUUGCAGAUUUUGUACACAGCUUGUCUUCAUCCUUGUGGUGCUUGCUCAUCUGAGCCGUCUCCACAGCCCAAUGCCUCUGCGUUUUUCCUUUUGUAGCAUAAGGCUUUUGCUUUUGCCUUAAGGUUUUCCUAGGAGAUGAACAGAUCUUUUCCUCUUGUACAGUUGUUGCAGCAUGGAUCAAACAUUGGCUCAGUAUGCUGAUGUGUGAAGAUGAAGCAGGUGAGCUUUAUGAACAAAUGUGUAUGUUCUGAGUUUGAGUAGGGUGUGUGGGUUUUUUGGUUUUGGUUUUUAUUUUUAAUAGGAAGAAAGUAAAUCCAGUUCUCGCAGAUAUUAAUCAGUUAAAAAACUACUCAUUCAUGAAAAGGUAAAAAUACAAAAUUUAGAAAUAGAAUAGGGCUUGGAACCAUGGGAAAAAUGUCAACCAAUACAUUCAUUGGCUGCUUUGGAUCUGGAGCCUGGUUUUGUUUAAUAACAAAAAUGGUGCAGUAUUAGGAAAGUUCUGGAAGAUGCUGUCAAUUUUACUUUAAAAUGAGAAUCUGGUGUUUCUGUAUUUUAUCAUUUUCAAUAAAACUUCUCAAGUGUUUUGGACUUUUAA